UUUAUACUCAGGUUACAUAGGAAAAAUUAAUAAAAAUGGCAGAAUGUUAAAUUUAUUAGAGGCACAUGGAUUAGUGUGUGACAUGGACCACCAUAUUACACACUGUCACGAUCCAAUAGCCGAUGUAAUAUUAACAAAAUGUAUAUUUAACUAUGUUGUCCUGAAGAUAAGACCAAUCCAUUUAUAUAAAUUAAGUAGAAACUACAGAAAAAGAUAAAUAAUAAUAAUAAGCAAAUAAUAAGUUAAUUCAGGUGAAGGGAUAAUAUUAUUUCAAUCUUGGUAAAGGUAAUUAUUUAGACUUAAUACGGAUAUGUUAUUUUAGAUUUAUUGAAGAAUUAAAAAACAUAUUGAGCGCGGAAGUACAUAUAGGGGAAGACGGGGUAUUACCGUAUGCGGGGCAAAAUCGUAUUAUCGGAAUGUUAUCAAUAAUUGUUAUCAUGGAGGUAAACUGAAGACACCGAUUUGAAACGUUUUGUUUGCUUAUCUAUUGAAUAUGAUAGUGCACUUGUUUUGAUAUCACGUUUUUAAAAUAAAUACGUUUUAUGUUUUUACUUUCAAUUACUUAAAUAUUAUCAACAUUUCAAAGAGUGAAUUUUUAUAUGCGAAAAAAUUGUUCAGGUAUGUCAUAUUUAUUAUUCAAUAGCUAAUGAAGUGUAAUUUACAUUUGUUGUAUAAAUGCAUUCAUUUAUUAAUUUAAUGUUUGAUAUAAAGCUCGAAAACUUUUAAUAGUCUUGUGGGGCAAAAUCGUAUGGUUAUACACUGUACGGUUUUACUACGUUGAUAUUUUGACAAUUGCUAUGGUUGAAUUUAAACAAUUUAUUAGUACCUAUUGAAUUGUUUUAUUUUUCUUAGUAUGGUUCGUAAUUAUAUUCGGAAAUCAAACAGACAAUCAUGGUUGGAAGAUGAUAUGAAAAUGGCUGUAUUAGCUGUGGUGGAAAGAAGUUUGACUUAUGAUGCUGCGUCUAUUCGUUAUGAAGUUCCUCGUUCAACGUUACAGGAUCGAGUCAAUAAAGUUAAAGAAGGAAAAUUAAAUGUACAACAGUGUGGAUUAAAAGCUUUGGGACAUUAUCAAAAAGUAUUUUCAAUCGAACAAGAAAAUGUUCUUGUACAAUAUUUAAAAGACAUGGAAAGUCGUUUGUUUGGCUUAACACAAAAUCAUUUUAGAAAACUGGCCUUUGAACUUGCCGAAAGAAACAAUAUUGCUCAUAAUUUUAAUAAAACAAAUGGUUUAGCAGGUGAAUUAAGCAAUGAUUAUUUUUAUUUAUAUAUUUUAAAGUUUAUUGUUAUAUUAUCUUUUAAUUUUUUUUAUGUAGGUCAAGAUUGGUUAAAAGGCUUUUUAUUAAGGCACCCAGAGUUGUCAGUACGGAUCCCAGAACCAACUUCAGCUGUGAGAGCUAUGGGCUUCAAUCGACCGGUGGUGAAUAGUUUUUAUGAUUUGUUAAAAAAAUGUUAUGAGACUCAUCACUUUAAGCCAGAACAAAUUUUUAAUGUUGAUGAAAGUGGAUUGUCAAAUGUAGCCAAAAGUAGAGCCAAAAUAAUUUCCCAAAAGGGACGAAGACAAGUUGGCAAACUGUCAUCAGCUGAAAGAGGUCAAAAUGUUACAGUGACAAUUUGUUUUUCAGCAUCGGGUUCAUAUAUUCCCCCAUUAUUAAUAUUCCCUAGAGUCAGAUUAAAUCCAGAUUUUGAAGAAGAAGCACCACCUGGAUCAUUGGUUGUUUGUCAUCCAUCAGGGUGGAUGCAAUCCGAAAUAUUUGUGCAGUGGCUUCAUCAUUUUAUUAAGCAUACACAUCCCACAAAAGAAAACCCUAUUUUAUUGCUUUUAGAUGGUCAUGUUACUCAUGUUAAAAACCUUGAAGUUAUAGAUGUAGCCCGCAAAAAUAAUAUAGUUAUCAUUUGUUUUCCUCCCCAUACAACUCACAAAUUACAACCGUUAGAUGUGAGCUUUAUGGGUCCACUCAGUACAUACUAUAGCCAAGAGUUAGAUUUGUGGUUACUUAACCACCCAGGCCAAGUUGUUGGUCUUCGCCACAUUUCUAAAAUUUUUCGUGAGGCAUAUCUAAAAGCAGCAACUCCUAAAAAUGCAAUUUCUGGUUUUAGAAAAACUGGUAUAGCUCCAUUUAAUUCAGACAUAUUUGACAAUUCUGACUUUGCUCCAGCUGAAACUACCAAUAAUAUUGAAAUGUCAUUAGAUACCCAAACACAACCUUGUUGUUCAGCUGAUAAUAAUAGUGCUCUUGCAUUAUAUUCUACUCCCCAACCUAGUUCCUCUGCUAAUACAUUGAAUACUGAACAACCUGCAGAUAAUGUUCAAAAUGCAGCUGUUUCAUCUUUAUUGUCUCAAAGUUUGGUAUUAGAAACACCACAUACAACUUUUUCUUCAAAUGAAAAACAGAUUUUUACUAUAUCUCCAGAAAUUAUUUUGCCAAUACCAAAAGCUCAAAAUAUUAACAGAUCAUCAAGAAGAAGAGGAAAGACAGCAAUUAUCACUGAAAGUCCAUACAAAAAAGAACUCCAAGAAGCUAAAGAAAACAGCAAACCACUGCCAAAGAAAAAACAAAAGAAAAAUAAUAUUAAAAAAAGAUUAUUCACUUCUACAGAUGAAGAAGAAAUUCACCCCAAAAAGCUAUGUGUUUCAACUGAUGAUGAUGACAGUGCCGACGAAGAGUGUAUAUAUUGUAGUAUGCCAUACAAAGAAGACUCAAAGGGAGAGAAAUGGGUUAAAUGUAUAAAUUGCUGUAGAUGGUGUCAUGAGCUUUGUGGAGGAGUUGAUAACUGGAAGACCUACAUUUGUGAUCUUUGUAUAAAAAAAAAAUAAGUAAAACAUUAUUGAUUAAGGUAAUUUUUAUUUCUUAUAAGAAAAAAAGGUUUUGUUUUAUUUUAAUAUUACAUAUU